AUGGAUAAAGUCUGGCAAGUCGAGGACCCUACCGUUCAUCAUUUUGAUUUUUGGGCUCGAAAGUAUAGAUGUCCGUGUAAAGGAGUGCAUGUCAAGCGAAUAGCCGCGGUUAUUUUGAUCAUCUCCGUAUUCACCGUCCUCUACUCGAUCGUCGAGCUAAUCGUUAACGGGAUCGCGGAGUGGGACUUCGAAAACAUUCUUCGAAUCCUCGUCAUCCCGAUCGAAGUAUUUUGUACCGUAUGGCUAUACGAAGGUCUCAAACUAAACCUCCGUACCUUAAUCCUCCCCUACAUCCUCUUCACGUUGAUCCAUCCCAUUCUCUUUGCCUAUCUGGCGGUCGGCGAGAUAACAGGUUAUUCACAGCAAAAAGGCGACGCACACGACUUUGCGAAGAGCAUCUUGGAAAAGAUCCCUUUCUUUGAUACGGACCCGAAGGAUGUUGAGCAGCGAAGGCAUGUUAUUAUGGUAUUUGCGAUUAUCCACGUUAUGGCAACGUUGAUGAAUGUUGUAUUUUUCUUCUGCCUUUCUUGGUGCUACAAAUACAUGUCCGACCUCGAGCGAUCCAAGGAAAGGCAGGAAAGCGACGACAUCAACGACUUUCGACAGUUUCAAAAACGUGGCAGCACCGGAUCGUUUACGGAAGAAGCUAGAUCUUUCACAAAACGUGCAUCACAAAUGAUAAUAGAGGUCCCAGUAGAACGCAUAAAACAAAUAAAAAGAACUACUGGGGCAAAUUCGAUGGCGCGUGAAAUACAACAUUUUGUUGAAAUCAAUCACACAACGGGUGACUUUUCUGAAAAUCUCCUUGAUUACCUCAUCCAGUAUAAUUAUGAAGUGCAUAAUUUAUUCUCGAACAACGAUGCUACUUUGUUGGAUAAAGGCCAGGCGGAACUAAACGUCUAUAUGCAAAAGCACCCAAAUUUUACUGUCAUGGACUUUUUUCGGAAUGGUGGUUUUGUUUGUCGUAACAUGUUGAAAAUCUGUACGUUCGCUGGGGUGGAAUUUGAUUGUUGCAAGUAUACAGCACCAAUUUACACAGAUCUUGGAAAAUGCUUUUUGAUAAAUACAACUAAUCUCCCGGAUUCUUCAAUGCAUCGACAGACAGCUGCUGGGGUUAAUAGUGGGCUCCAAAUAAUUCUUGAUGCUCAUUUAGAAGAACAGUUUGAUGGAACUGGAUUAGAACCUCAACCAAUUUUCACAAACGCGUUGGAAAAUGGAUUCCGCUACUAUAUCCAUCCAUCAAACACAAUUCCUCACGUUGUCUCGGAGGGAAUUUCCGUUUCCCCAGGCGCUAAUGUAUACUCGGCAUUAACUGUUAGUAAUUAUGAGCUGCUCGACAAAAAUGGAUGGGGAAAUUGUACAAAUACCUGGCCACCCGGCUUCAAUUCGAAUCUGCCCUAUGCUUCUUCAACGUGCGCCUCCUUAUGUAAAGCGCGCUUUUUCGAAGAAAAAUGUGGAUGCACUCCUUUUGUUUAUAAUGUGGAUGGCUACCGAAAAUCCUGUAUGCCGAACGAGACCUAUACCUGUAUUGAUCAGUUUGGAACGAAGAAGGAGAACGGGCGCUCUAUUAUUAGUCUGCCCCGAUGUGCAGAAUGUCAAAUUGAAUGUAGCACAUGGAAUUAUGCAUCUUUUAAUAGUUACGGACAGGGCUUCUCUAACGGAGCUGUAAAAUGGAUUCAACUGAAAAAUCAAGCCGACUCCAAUACCCAUAUCCGGUCCAACUAUGUUGCAUUGAACGUCUUUUUCCGUGAUAUGAUAUAUACAAAAUACAUCCAGCAGAAGGGAACAUCUUUAACGGAAAUUCUCAGUGACAUGGGUGGCAAUAUGGGAAUGUGGCUGGGCAUGAGUGUGCUAACUUUCUUUGAAGCCUUAAUCUUUCUCUCAAAAAUUACUUGGAUCUUCAUAUCGAAAAAACGGAGAAUGUAUAUGCAUGAAAAGAAGCAACAAGAACAGGACAAAGAAAAGGAAAUGGAAAACACGAUGUCCCAGCUGCGGUCUAUUAACAAAAUGGACGAUAAUUUGGAUGAAGAGACAGCUUCAACUUUGGAAAAAAAUCUCGAAAAGUGUCGCUACCCCAUCGAGAAGCGGAAGAUCAUGAAGAGCAUGAACAGAGAGAACACGAAUCAGAAGCACAAAGGCACAACUUUAUGGAAAGCUUUUACAACAAUGCUUUAUAUGGGGAUGGGCGCGCAAAUCCUAUUAAUGAAGAAAGUGACGAUGAAGGAGGACCGGCCCGGCAUAUGCAUCGUGAAGAUAACAGCGUUCACCGACUACGAGGAAACGGACGAUAUCGAUAGCACCGGC